AUGAAGUCCGCUGUCUUCUGCGCACUGGCCGGUACGGCCAUCAUGCUGACCACAACUGUGGACGGCCACGGCCAAAUGCUGGUGCCGGCCUACCGACACAUCACGGCCAAGUACCGUGCGUUCGGCCUGAAGGGCUCCGGCGACGAUGAGCUGGAGUGGGCCCCUAUCGAGCUCUUGAGCCAGCGUGGCCAAGCCGGCCAACCGGCGGCCCCCACCUUUAACAUGCUAAACGGUUGUCGAGGCACAGUCUACGAGCCCGAGAACAAUGUGACGAAGCUCGAGGCUGGCAAGAAGUUUGAUGUCAAGUACUUUAUCCAGGCACCGCACCCAGGAUACAUGAAGCUGAGUAUCGUCAAGCCCAGUACCGACUCGAUCGGCAAGAUCACCUACAAGCGCGACACGCAGAUCGGGUACUUCAGCAACUUCGCCACCUCGGGGGGUACCUUCACAGUCUCGGCCACCAUCCCCACUACUGUGACGGGCUGUGAGAACGCUGGAGACUGUGCUCUACAGUUCUUCUGGCACUCGGAUGUCGCCAACCAGACGUACCCGACGUGCGCCGACAUCAUUAUCCCUGGCAGCGGCGCUGGCGGAUCGUUCAAAACAUCUAUCUCAACGUCGACUACAGCCACCAAGUCUUCUACUAAAACUACGGUUAGCUCAGAAGUUGGCAAUGAGGCCAGCGACACUGCUGCUACCACCCAAGCUUCGUCGGACGAUGACACCGCUACAUCUACCACGGACGAGUCGAGCGCCGGUACUACCACUGCGCCUAGCACGUCUACUACCUCGGAUAAAUGUCUUCGUCGCAAGUAG